AUGUCUUACUUCUUCAAGAGCAUUCAGCCUGGCUAUGAAUCUGCCUCAGAUGAGGAACAUUUCGAAGAGAUAAUAAAAAGAAGAGCUAGCAAAGUGGACAAUAACGCUAACGAUUCUAGCGACGAUGAGCUAAAAACUUUAACAUUUGGUUCGCUGAAAAAAGCUGAUACCAUGUUAUUAGAGAGUGAAAAAGACGAGAGGAAAAAGAGUAUACCUCAAAAGGAUUAUAAGGAAAAAUCCUUCGAGCCAAAUAGUGAGGAAUCGGAAUCAGAAUCCAAUUCUGAUGAAGGAGACUUUUUCGAAGACGAUCAAAUUAGAAACAGUUCUAGUAAAAGAAGCACAAAGAAGGGUAAACAUGCUCCUAAGGAACACUCGUCCAAAAAGCGUGUUCCAAAGAUCAGAGAUAUUCCGGGUCUUGAUAUCCCAAAGAAUAGAAACUCAAAUCUAUAUCAGGAUAUUAGAUUUGAUAAAUCCACAGGCGAACCCCAAAAUGAUGUAGCAACGAGGAAGAAUUACAAGUUUUUAGAUGAAUACAGGAGCAAAGAAAUCAAAGAAUUAGAAUCAUUAUUAAAAGACAAAAAGUUCUUAUCUAAAGUUUCGACAUUUGAAGUACAAGAAAUGAACGAACAGCUGAAAAGUAUGAAAUCUAAGUUACAGACAUUACAAAAUAAGGAGCUGGAGCGCCAAAUUAUUCAAGAUUAUGAAAGGGAUAUUAAUAAAGAUAACAAGAAUAAAUUUCACCUAAAGAAAAACGAUAGAAGGAAAGUUAUUCAGAAAUGGAAGUUUGACCACAUGAAAUCUCAACAACGUGAGAAAGUCAUGGAAAGGAAAAGAAAGAAGAGAUUGGGUAAAGAAUUUAAGCAAUUUGAAUUUCAUAAGACUAGGUAG